AUGGCGUCGAACGCCCCCGGAAGUAAAGCUCCCGUCAUUACCAGCAGGUGUGCGGGAGUAGUCAUCGGUCUGCUGGGCGUCGCCGUCCUCGCCAUCGGCUUGGCGCUGCUCCUACCAUCGCCCAAAGCCUCCCGCAGCGCCGAUGCCGGCGUGUGUGUCACGGCAGGGUGCGUGCACCAAGCGGAGACCCUGGGCCUGCACCGCAAUGGCAGCGGCGUCGCACCGUGCGAGGACUUUGGCAAGUUCGUCUGCUCCCGUUGGACCGAAAGGUACAUCGAGGGAGUGCCGUCGGUGACCAUCUAUAGCAUGGGCAAGUGGCUGCACAAUCUGGCGCGCUACCGAUGGUACGAUGACACCGGCAACAGAGUUGCGACGAGGGUGACGCGACUCGUAGACGCCUGCAUGCAUCGGGAAUCCCAGACUGGCAGCCACACCGACGGCGGCAUCGAGCAGCUCUUCCACUUCAUGACCGAAGAACUCUUCCCGUGGCUGCUGUCCGACACCAACAGCACAGGCGACGACGACCAGCAACGAGACGACGGCCAUUACGCCUUCACGCUGGCCACCAUCUUGAACAUGUCCGUGGUCUGGUACGUGCCGCUCUGGUUUACCGUCGACCUCGUGACACCCUCGCCGGAAGACGGUGCCCCGCCAGCGCACCGGUCCGUUAGCGUCAGCUCGACGAGCGUGGCGUACGUCGCACAGAGAGUACACCGGGAGGUCGAAGCGUACAAGCUCUACGAUGGGUACGUGGCACUCCUGCUCGACGUCGCGUUUCUCGGAAAGGAGCUCGCGCCGGCCUUCCGUUCCUUCCUGAUCAACAGGAGCGCCGAAGUCCAGGGCAACGUCUUCGGAAACCUGUCGGCGCGCUACGUCGCGAGCCACGCCGAGCCUCGGUUCGUCAAAAUGCGUCACCUGCCGGCGCUGGUGCCGAAGCUCGACGCCCGCGACUGGGUCGACGCGCUGCAGUCCGCGUUCAGGGAAAACCCGCCGCUCACCGAGGAAGACACGCUGUUCACCACCGACGCCGGACUCCUGCACGCCGUGAACGUCCUCUUCGCUUCGCACACGGCCCGGGAACUGACGUUUCACACGGCGUGGUGGUUCGCUCAGAUCAUGGCCGCCGUCUCCAGCGAUGCGAUGCAGGCGUUCAUCAUGGCAAACAGGAUGGGCGACGAUGUUUACCCGGUGCUCUGCGGAGGCCAACUCGCUAUGGCCUACAACGCGCUGCUGUCCGGCGUCGACCACGCCACCGGCACUGCCUCCGCCGACCAGAGGUCGCCGGUGACGUGGCUCUUGAGCAGCGUCCACGAGACGGCAGUCGAGAAGGUUCGGACCUUGACGAGCGGGUUGGGUUCCCAGGCGAUCGACGCUGUCAGCUCGCGCCUAGGCAGCGCCACCACCGUGGUGUGGCCCGAACCGAAACAGAACCAGAGCGGUGACGUUUGGUGGGGCGAGGCCCUGUACGGUCCCGACUACGACAACGCGACGCGUGGGUUCUUCGGGCACUGGCGCGAGAUCCGACGGCGAUUGCGCGGUUCUCUGAACACCGACGCCUAUCAAUCGAGCCUCCGCGUGUUCCGGUUACAGUCGUCCGACCUGGCGACGUACGACGUCGUCUCUAACACGAUUUCCGUCGGCGUCCAAACAGUCACCGAGCCGUUCUAUGUGGCUGACGGCACGAGUGCCAUCAAUUACGGUGGCCUGGGCUUUCUCUACGCCUUGCAGGUGGCGCGCACCAUCAACACACUCACGCUCCUGCUCGACGGCGACCACACACCGUCGGCUCGGGUUCCUCCAACCAACGCCACCGACGCCAGCGGGGCUCCAGGACAGGUUUUGUGGAAGCUGGGCCGGUGCACUUCCUCCAACGCGUCCGCCCACGUGACGUCGCUCUACCCCGCACUUCCGGCGCUGGAAAUCGCGCACGACGCCUACAAGCGGUUCCGCGACGUCACGCAGGACGUGCCCCUCUGGGGACUGGAGGCCUACACCGCCGAGCAGGUCUUCUUCCUGACGGCCUGUCACGUGACGUGCUGGGCGGACAGAUCGGACCACCGCAUGUCGCCGGAGUGCACCGACGCCAUGAGAAACUUCGCGCCGUUCGCCGAGGCCUUCGGCUGUCCCGUCGGUUCACCCAUGAACCCGCACGAGAAGUGCCGGUUUUUCUGAAGUGCCCGCGCCAUCUAUAAAAUCGUCGAGGGGCACCCCAAAACAACCGACGAGCCUAACAACAUGCCUACCCCCCGUAGUUCCGCUUCAGCUUCUUGUUAGCUUACCGUACUUUUUUUUUUCAAGACUCCACGAAGCUGCUGCCCCGUCACGUUACAAACUGUCCGCGCCUUGAAAUACUAUGUUAACAACAAGCCUUACAGUGACACCGUCUACGGCGUUACUUUAUUUACUUCGCAACUUAAGACUGCUGUAGAGCUCCUAGACGUGCUUUUUUUAUAUAUAUUGUGCCGCGUGUCGUUAUACCUUUCGUUUCUGUUUUUCGCUUUUAAAAUACGAGUGUUAGUCUGAUAACAGAAAAUGCAGAGGAAAUUCUGAGACCAGAUUGUCCACACAUUCUUCCAUGUUUUCCAUCGGUUGAAGCCUGUUAUAUUUAUGGAGGAGCCAUAGGCAAUUUAUUUGUUUUUUUUUUUAUCUGAUACCCCAUUAUUGGAAAUGUCUACACAUGCUGCAGUGACAUCCUCUGUCGUCACCCAUG